AUGGGUCGCGAACUCCAAAAGAGAAAGCGCCGCUCCGGCCGCGCCCCCGUCCGCCAAUCCAACACCACAAAGAAGAUUCUCAAUCCCCGUGGCAACUCCGUCAUUGCUAAGAACUGGGACAAGAAAGAAACAUUAGCACAAAACUACCGCCGUCUAGGCCUCCUCGCCCGCUUAAAAACACCCACCGGCGGCACCGAAAAGCUCCUCUCCAAAUCAUCCUCACAAGACGAGGUCCCAGCCGCCGCCAAACCAGAUCCCUUUGCCAUCUCAUCCAUCGCUGAACUGGGCGCUCUCUCCGAAGCAAAAGUCGAGCGCGACUCCGAGGGAAAGAUUAUCCGCAUAAUCAGCCGCAAAGCCAACCCGCUAAACGACCCGCUCAACGAGGUUGAUACAGACUCCGAGGCAGAAGACGAGUACGCCAAUGCCGAAGAAUGGGGCGGCAUCAAUGAUGAUGGAGUUGGCACGACGGAUGUGGUCAAGUCGCUCAUCGAAGAGGCCAAGAACCCGGCCGCCCCCAAGAUCAGAUACCUGAGUGAAGGCGAGAGGGAGUGGCUGGAGAAGCUGGUGGCCAAGCAUGGGGAUGACACGAGGGCGAUGGCCAGAGAUUUCAAGCUCAACCCGAUGCAGCAGACGGCGUCUGAUAUUGCGAAGCGACUGAAGAAGCUGAAGGCUUGA